AACUUUUGUGGGAGUACUUUUAAUGGUGGAAUAACUCGACACAAGCAACAUUUAGUGAGUGGUUUCAAGAAUGUUAAACAAUGUACAGCUUGUCCGUCUGCGAUUAGAGAAGAAGUAAAGGCUUAUAUGCAAAAUAAAAUCGCUAAUAAUCCCAAAUUUCAAGUGAGGCUGCCGGAAGAAUAUAUUGAUAUUGAUGAUGUUGAUGAUAUGGAUGAGUAUGCGGAAAUGAUACCUCCCUCCAAAACUCCAAAGAUAUCUUCUAGUGGAGGUGCAUCAUCCACCGCACGGAAUGUGACGAAAGGCCCUAUGAAUCUCUAUUUUCCACAUAAAUCAACACAAAAAGGAGGCUUUGAAAAAGGAGAAGGAAUUGAUGAAACAAAGUGAAUUCUAAGAGAGCAUGCGGUAAGUACUUUCGCAAUAUGGAUGUAUGAUGCGGGGCUCCCUUUUAAUUCUGUCAAUCACAAAUCAUUUGAUAAAUUUAUUGAGACAGUAGGACAACAUGGCCCUGGAAUGAAGCCUCCUACAUUCCAUGAAGUUAGAGUUACUCACCUAACAAAAGAGGUGGGGAAAGUGGAAAAAAAUGUUGAUGAACAUAAAGUGCAAUGGACAAAGUUUGGAUGUUCCAUUAUGAUGGACAAAUGGACGGCACGAAAUGGUAAAAUGAUCAUCAAUAUUUUAGUGAAUUCUCAAAUCGAUAGUGUAUUUCUUGGUUCUGUUGAUGCUAGCAAUGAAUCUACCGAUUCCACCAAAAUGUACAAGUUGUUUGAAAGCACUAUUGAAAGAAUUGGACCGGAAAAUGUUGUACAAAUUGUCACUGAUAAUGCUAGUGAGAAUGUUAAAGCGGGAAGCAUGAUGAUGGGUGCGUACCCACACAUUUAUUGGACUCCAUGUGCCGCUCAUUGCAUCAACUUGAUGUUUGGUGACAUAUUCAAGUUUUUAAGAAGGCCAUCAGAAUCCAUUCUUACAUUAGUCAAAGGCCAUUGUUGUUAAACUUGAUGAGAAAAUUCACCAAGGAAAGAAAUUUGGUGAA